CCUUCUAGAUAUCUAUGAAUAUCAAUACUGUAAUAUACAGUUUACAUUGCAUUCCCACAAAAUAGAACAACUCUUUGGGGAGAAGCACCAGCAGUAAGUCCAAUGUAGUUACAGUUUACCACUGGGUGUGACUUAUUCAAUCAUUUUUUUCACAUUAAUUCCUGUGGGAAACAACUUUACUGCAAGCCAGUUUAAAUGCUACAGUGAGUACCUGAAAAUGAAGGUGGCUGGCUUGAAGGUAGAAAAUGCAAAUGCAGGCAAUUCUUUCGGGGCAUUUUAGUUACUUUUCAAAAGCUAUGAAACGCACUUUACCUAUAGUUACAAAAGGAGGCGGGUGGUGGCGCUGUGAAGAAUGCACUCAGUAAGCCUUGCCUAGUCUAUCAUGUCUGUGGGCGCCUGCGUUCCAAACAGCGGAAGGAAAACAAACGCGCACGCUGGCUAGAGUAAGCAAGUCGUAGCGCCAAGAAUGAGAUGGUAACAAGAAACAAAAAGCAAAAUAAACUUGGACCUACCUUAAGACCGAGUGACUCUGACAGGAAAUAGUGAAAGUCCUGUUGCUAUCAUAGUGCAGGUAUUGCACUUGCUCCUGUGGCAGCUUGUAACACUGGGUGCUGCAAAUGGCUAAGCGUAAAGCAGAGCACCAGGUGGCCACCUUGCCACCCCCAUGCAAAAUGCUGGCAUGGGAAAUUUCCUCUUUUCAGUAUGAGCCCAGUAACAGCCCUUCCACUCCCAGGAGGAAAAGAAAGCUCGAGGUGGAUGCUUGCUUGGACGUGAUACAGUCUCCAAGUUGUAAUAAGAGUCCUGAAAUUGUUCCAGAUUCCCAGCCAUCACUUCCAUGUAAGAAGCAAAGGGUGAUGGAGAGCAAAAGCAAAGAGUACAAAUGCCAGAGUGAUGAUGACUUCAAAGAAUUCAAUUCAUUUAAUUACUGGAGGACUCCUUUACCUGAGAUUGAUCUUUCUGAAAUAAACAUAGAACCUGAAGAAGUUAAUAAGCAUCCUAAAACUAAAACAGAAAUAUUAGAAGAGAUGGACAGCUGACUUAAGACUUUAUAUUGACUGCAAUAAUUUUGCUUUUGAGUUAAUAUUACCAUUUACUAUGGCGAUAUAAAUCCUUGGUUCAAAGUGAACUAAAUUUUAUUUUUUUAUUUUUUUUUCAAGGUUAUGCAGUUCUUUGAUAUUUCUCUCAAUAUAUAUGUAAAAGAGGGUUUGUAUUCCACUCAGUGUUUAACAAAUACUUUUUUUUUUUUUUUACUGUAGAUUUAAUAUUUGCCCAAAUCCAAACAUUGUGGAUUUGGUGCAUUGUUAAUUCUGACUAUUAUUUUCAUCUGAAAAAAAUUAUAUAUUUUUCAUUUCUGUUCUUAUAAAGCACUAAUGAAGCAUGUCCAAAAAUGUCUGAUAAAUGCCCUAUUCAUUGAACAUAUGCUCAACACAAAUGUAUAUUUCCAGUUUAAUAGAUUGGUAGUUUAUCAAGUGUUUUGGGUUGUUUUAGUAGAUAAAUGACAUGUACAAAGUCAUAAAAGAUUGCUUUCAAUUUAGGUUUUGGGAUACAGAAGGUGUACAAUUACAUCCUCCAGCCCUUCUCAAAGAAAGUCAUUCCAUAGAUUGUAUUGUGCAGUUACCAGCUACUCUAAAACAGAUAGGAUAUCAGGAAGUGCUGCUAUUGCCAAGUGCCACCAUUGUUACAUGACAUGGAUUAGGGCUCUGGCACUCGGGGAGAUUAGUCGCCCGCGACAAAUCUCCCGUGUCUCAGGCGACUAAUCUCCCCGCAUUGCCAUCCCACCGGCGAAAAUAUAAAUCACCGGUGGGUGAUCGCAGGUGGGAUGGCAUACCUGGCGACGCGAUUUCAAUGAAAUCGCGCAAGUUGCUGCCGCUUAUGCCAGGUAUGCCAUCCCACCUGCGAUUUACAUUUUCGCCGGUGGGAUGGCAAUCUGGGGAGAUUAGUCGCCCGCGAACAGGGAGUUUUGUCGCGGGCGACUAACCUCCCCGUGUGCCAGAGCCCUUAGGGACUUUUCAUACUGGAGUGACAUCAUCUGCAGUUUUAGUACUAGUCAUACCAUAUCACUGUUUAUGUUGUAAUCCACUUUGAUAGGGUGAAGAUACACAGAGCUACUAGUUGCAGCUACUUUUCUAUGGCUACUAAACGCCAAAAAAUACUCUGCCAUAGACAAUAUUAAGAUUUGCCUCUGCUAAAACACACAUAGAGACAGUUAUUAGUAAAUGAUCAGCAUUGUCUAUUUUAGUAGCCACGACAAGUAGCUGCUAGUAGUAGCUCUGUGUGUUUUCACCUGUAAAUGUAGGCUUGCUCUAAUUAUCUGCAUUCAGGACCUGAUGCUAAUAUAUAAAUGUGAUUUUUACUUCACUUUAUAUUACCCUGAAUUCAGUUUAUCUUUCAAACAUUGCAUGGUUUCCGAGUGUGUUUCCCCACAAGCUCUCUUUCUCUUUUCAAAACCCCAAACAAUAUAAUAAAAGACAUUUUAUCAAAAAACAGACCUAAAGUGGGGUACCCAUGAAACUGCUAGGAACUAAGUAAUUAAAAGUGACUCCUCCCCAUUUUACUAAAUUAGAACCAGUCAUAUUCCAAAACAAACAUUUCCGAAUAGGUGUAUAUUGCAAGAUAUUGGCAUAACACAGCCCCCAUCAGCUUCCCAUAUACUGCUAUUUAGUAGGCUCUCCAAAGUAUUUUUAUAUCAAUUUUUAUUUUUUUGUUUUUCUAAGAAGAUUAUUUUUCUAACUGUAAAAGUAUUUGAUUGACACAUCCUUCCUUCUAGGGGGCAACCACAAAAGCAUCUACUCCAAGGAGGCCUACCCUCUGGAAGCUAAGGUUUUUUUUUGCCAUUGUUGUUACACUGAGCAAAAUGCACAAUUAAAGGGAAAAUAUACCCUUUUUUAAGUACUGUCUCCAAAGGUGUAUUUAAAUGAAGCAUCCCAUAAUAUACAUGUAUUUACAUUUACUUACAUAGAAAAAUAAAAUAUAUACCUAUAUAA